AUGUCCUCCGAAAAGCCCAUGGUCAAGCCCCAGGCCAUCAAUGAGAAGAUUGCCCAGCGCCACGCCGUCGGCCUCUCCCCUUGCAAGAAAGUCAAGCACGGAGAUUGCGUCACGCCACACCACUCCGUCGUGCGUUAUGACACACGAAGACGGUUGGACAGAUGCCAAGAAGCUUAUGGAAUCGGAGUCCUCGAGGCCCACUAUGAUGGACAGGUUGUCUUGAGCUUGAAUCGUAAUCUUAGCAACGAAUCUGAAUCGAAUUUCCAAAAUACCGUCUUCUUGAAGAGCUUGCCCACAGGCAUGGCUUCUUCUUUCCUGGGAAAGGACAAGCAACGGGCCAUGGGCGAGUCCUUCAGGAAGGAUUUGCACCUUGGCAAGUAUGCCAAUCCUACCGUCUUUGCGGCAGUGGCGAUCAUUGUGGUUGAUCAGACUUGCUUUUUAGAUGCCCUUGACGAGCUUAACAAUGCUGUGGAGAGCGUGAGUGCUGGCUUCCCCGGACAAGGUAGCGGAGGAGGCGAUCUCUGCGAUGACGAGAACAUCAACAUUGAUGGUAUCUAG